CGCAGCCACAAGUUUAACGUUUGCCGCUUGCGAAAAAGUUGGUUUGUCACUUUGUUGCGGGAUUAUUUUUCCGGGAGCAGGGGAGCGCGUGCGUGCGUGCGUGCGGACGGACGGACGGACAAGCAUGGGGAAGGCGAACGUGUGGGUGAAGCGCACUUUCAUUGUCCUGGUCGGCUUGAUCGCGAUCAUCGGCCUCCUGCUGCUGGGACUCACCCUGUUCAGCCACGGACACUUCCACAAAGAUGAGGAGAUCGAUGACAUUGUCCUGGGUCUACAUUUCAUGUACGCCCUCGCUGUCAUAUCCGUGGUGUUGGCCGCCAUCGGUGGAUUUGGCGCCUGCAAAGAGAAGAAGUGGGCACUGAUAGUGUUUGUCGUUGGGAUGAUUCUGAGCUCCCUGUUUCUGUUCGGGAUUGAAAUCGUAUCACUGGCAUUGCAACCGCAGUUUUCCAUAGAACUGAAGGCUCAGUACCUGCACAUGAUGCCGCUGUCCAACGCCAGCGAAGUCGUGAUUGACAGCCUCGGGGAAGUCCAGAGAGAAUUGCAGUGCUGCGGGCUGGAUGAAGGAUACCUGGACUGGGACUACAACAUCCCAGAUUCCUGCUUAUGUGCCGAAAAUUCCAUUCAUCCAUGUGUGGCAGCUCCCAGAAACAGCCGUCUGUUUGAGGGCAGAGUGGACGACGAGCCCAUCAUGAUUUACAGUGAGUCGUGCCUCCCGUACAUCACCGAGAGCGUCAUGGCCGUCAUAAAGACGGCAGUGGGCAUCAUGAUGGGAGUCACACUGCUAUUAGUGUUCUCGGCCGUGUUGGGCAUCAUCAUGCUGUGCCAGCUGAACCGGAAGGUGGACACCCCCCCUGUGGUCUACAGCCCGGAGGCGAAGGCGGGGAACUACACCACUCUCACAGAGAUCACAGAGGACACAUGAUUCCUGCCGUCGCGGCGAAGCUCAGAAAAUGUGGUGAAAGCUGAAAAAACUGUGUGAAGAAUGGGAUCAACACAAAAAUACAGAGUGUAUUUAUGACGCUUGACAUGUCAAGUCGUGGAAUGUAUCCUCAAGUACUAAUCGUUUCUUGAGCUUUUAUACUUUUGCUCCAUCAUAAAUACAAUUUUCUUUUUAAGACACAUGUACAGAGCUGCAAGACACCAAACAUGUUACAUUAUUAUCAUAUUAAAUAAACUGCAAACGCCCUUCUGUAAUUUAUGUAACAUGAUGCUAGUUAACAAAUAAUCAUCUCUCAUAAUAAUCUGUGUAAAUGAAAAUGUCCUUACUUUUAUGCAGUUUAGUAGAAUUAACAUAAACUGUCUGUGUGACAUUCAGCAUUUACUUGAAGAGAAUUUUUGAAAGACAUCCCAUAUUAAUUAAGUUCAGCCUAUCAAACUGCCUUACGUAUUGUGUAACUGUAUGAGUUAAUGCCUUUAUUUCUCAUCAGCAAAUCAGUUAUUGAUAAAAAUGUGUAUAUAAUUAAUCCAGCGCUGCCAAACAGUACCUGAAGUACAGUGCAAUAUGCAAAUAGAGUGAAUCAUUCAAAGAAAAGCACUGAUGAUGAUUGUGGACGCCUGAUAGCUUUAAUCUGUACGUUGUAGUUUUGUAUCUCUCAUUUUUUAAAUUUUAUAUUCUAUAAAACCUUUCCUUUUUUUAAUUUUCAUAUAAACCAUGACAUGUUUUAAUUCUGAUUGUUUUAUUUGUGGUUUGGAUGAAAUGUUUUCUAUUAUUUUCCAAGCUCGUCAAGAUUCAUCUGAAUCUUCCUCUUCUACUUCAGCACUGUUGUUUUUCAGCCUGUUCUCACUCCUGUGCACAAUGGUUCAGCUCAUGUGGUUUUUAAAGUGUAUGUGGAUGAACCUGGAACACCCCCCCCCCCCUCCC